UAAAAUCUUUUGGAAGAGGCCAGUUGUCCCCAUUGCAUAAGUUGAGUGAGUGCAAAGCUAGUAUCAUUUGGCAGAGUCUUGUAGUUGUUGCAAAUACAGCUUUAAGAAGGAUGAAUCGAAAUCAACAUGGUUUAAGUUCUUCUAGAAAGUUAGAACUAAGGAUGAGAGCUGGGCUUGGGCUAAAUUGUUUAGUGCGUAAAUGUCUGGAUUGA